CAGGAAGACUCUCAGCAGGACACAUCUGAAUGACAGCUGGCAACAAAAAGGUAAACAGGAUGUUUCACUGAGGAGUCUUAGCCUCGGCUCAUCAUGCAAAACAUGCAAACGUCCAUGUGAACUUCAGCUCUGACUGGACACAUGAUGGCAGGAGGAAUCAGUAAGAGCGCAUGCAGAGGAAAAAGAGUGCACAUGAGACUGUUUGCAGUCGUGUUGCUACUUGGACUUGAUGUGAACUGGCUGAGUUUGAAAGGCCUGGCAGGAACUGUGGCUCAAAACAACGAGAGAAGAAGAUUGGCUCAUCUUCCAGGAGACAUCAUCAUAGGAGCCCUGUUCUCUGUCCACCACCAACCACCUGCAGAUAAAGUCCAUGAGCGGAAGUGUGGAGCAAUACGUGAGCAGUAUGGGAUCCAGAGGGUGGAGGCCAUGAUGCACACUCUAGACAGGAUCAAUGCAGACCCCAGUAUUCUUCCUAACAUCAGCCUGGGCUGUGAGAUAAGGGACUCCUGCUGGCACUCUGCAGUGGCCUUGGAGCAGAGCAUUGAGUUCAUUCGGGACACGCUGGUGUCCAGCGACGAGGAAGAGAGCCAGGCCAGAUGUGCUGCAGAAGCAGGGAGCAUGCUUCUGCAGGGUAAGAAGCCCAUCGUGGGACUGAUAGGACCAGGCUCCAGCUCUGUUGCCAUCCAAGUGCAAAACCUCCUGCAGCUCUUCAACAUCCCACAGAUUGCUUACUCAGCCACUAGCAUGGAUCUCAGUGACAAGAGCCUGUAUAAGUAUUUCAUGAGGGUGGUGCCGUCAGAUAUGCAGCAGGCCAGAGCCAUGGUGGACAUUGUGAAGAGGUACAACUGGAGCUAUGUGUCUGCGAUACACACUGAGGGUAACUAUGGCGAGAGCGGUAUGGAGGCAUUCAAAGACAUGGCGGCAAAAGAGGGAAUCUGUAUCGCCCACUCUGAUAAAAUAUACAGUAAUGCAGGGGAGCAGAGUUUUGACAAACUGUUACAGAAACUCAGAGGCCACCUGCCCAAAGCCAGAGUGGUGGCCUGUUUCUGUGAGGGCAUGACUGUCCGAGGCAUCCUGAAGGCCAUGAGACGACAGCGCCUGGUGGGAGAGUUUCUGCUGGUUGGAAGUGAUGGCUGGGCAGACAGGUAUGAUGUAACUGAUGGCUAUCAGAGGGAGGCAGCUGGUGGAAUCACUAUAAAGCUAAAGUCAGCAUAUGUGACCUGGUUUGAUGAUUAUUACCUGAACCUGACACCAGAUUCUAACCUGAGGAACCCUUGGUUUCCUGAAUUUUGGCAGCACCGUUUCCAGUGCAGGCUGAGAGGACAUCCACAGGAGAACACAAAGUACAACAGCACUUGCACCUGGAGGGAGUCUCUGAGUCUUCAGUAUGCUCAAGACACCAAAAUGGGUUUUGUCAUAAAUGCAAUAUAUUCCAUGGCUUAUGGUCUACACGCCAUGCAGCAAGUUCUCUGUCCAGGAUUUAAGGGUUUGUGCAAAAACAUGCGUCCCAUUGACGGACGCAAGCUGCUGGAUUUCUUAAUGAGAACUAACUUCACUGGUGUUUCUGGAGAGAAAAUCCACUUUGACCAGAAUGGAGAUUCGCCUGGCAGGUAUGAAAUCAUGAACUUCAAGCAGACUGGCGAAGACGAAUUUGCAUACAUCCACGUAGGAAGCUGGGAUCAGGGCGGCCUGAAGAUGAACGAUGAGGAAAUCUGGAGCAAUAACAGUGAUGUCAUCCAAUCAGUUUGCUCUGAGCCCUGCAAAAAGGCUCAAAUUAAGGUGAUUCGCAAAGGAGAGGUGAGCUGCUGCUGGACUUGUACUCCCUGCAAAGAGAACGAGUUUGUGUUUGAUGAGUACACUUGCCGCGCUUGUAUCCUGGGUUCCUGGCCUACAGAUGACCUCACUGGUUGUGAACCCAUUCCAGUGCAGUAUGUGCGUUGGGGAGAUCCAGAGCCAAUCGUCGCUGUAGUCUUUGCCUGUCUGGGCCUCCUGGCGACGCUUUUUGUCACUUCUGUAUUCAUCAAAUUUUGGGACACUCCUGUGGUGAAGUCUUCCAGUCGGGAGCUCUGCUACAUCAUUCUGGCUGGAAUAUGUCUGGGUUACCUGUGCACUUUCAGCCUCCUCGCCAAACCACACAUUAUCUAUUGCUAUUUACAACGGCUAGGAAUUGGUCUGUCCCCUGCCAUGAGUUACUCUGCUCUUGUCACCAAGACCAACCGUAUAGCCCGCAUCUUGGCAGGUAGCAAGAAGAAGAUCUGCACAAAGAAACCUCACUUUAUGUCUGCCUGCGCACAACUGGUCAUCGCCUUCCUACUUAUUCUGCUGCAGCUUGGAAUUAUUGUGGCACUUCUUAUCAUAGAGCCACCAGAGGUGAUCUUCGCUUAUCCCAGUAUCCGUGAGGUACAUUUAAUCUGCAACUUGACAACUAUGGGAGUGGUGGCACCACUGGGCUACAAUGGUCUGCUAAUUCUCAGCUGCACCUUUUACGCCUUCAAGACUCGUAACGUACCGGCUAAUUUUAAUGAGGCAAAGUAUAUUGCCUUUACCAUGUAUACAACCUGCAUAAUCUGGCUGGCCUUUGUUCCAAUUUACUUUGGUUCAAACUAUAAGAUCAUAACCAUGUGCUUUAGUGUCAGCCUCAGUGCCACGGUGGCUCUCUGCUGUAUGUUUGUUCCCAAGGUGUACAUCAUGCUUGCCAAGCCUGAGAAAAAUGUGCGCAGCGCUUUCACCACUUCCACAGUUGUACGCAUGCAUGUAGGCGAUGCCAAGAAAGCUGCAAAGACUGGGAAAUCGUCCAGUAGCAUGGCCAACUGGUUUCGACGGCGUGGCUCUGCACGGGACAACAUAAGUUCCAAUGGAAAGUCAUGGGGACAGAAUGAGCGCAGCUACAGGCCAAACCUGUGGAAGAGGAUGUCCUUCCAUGUGAAGAAAAAGGACCCUGUCGAGGUGAAUCAGACAGCUAUCAUCAAGCCAUUCUCUAAAGGAGGAGGAGCACCAGAAGACGAUGUCAAAGAGCUGUAUGAAGAGCCACAAAUGUCUCAGUCUUACACCUACUCACCCUCUCAGUCACCUCUGCCAAACAUCAGUUCACAAACAUCAAAAGCAAAGGGUCUAAAGGAGAAAGAGGGUGGUGAAGAAGCACAUGUUUUUCCCAUGUAUGUACCUGGGCACCCCUCUGCAGUCAGACAAAGAGGAGGAGACAGCAGCCAGGUUUCAGCUGUUGUAGACGGUGAGGCCAUUAGCAUCAUCAGUGUGGGUGACAUCGGCCAAACUCAGGGCACCACCAUCAUGGACCAAAUCAGCAGCGUGGUCAAUCGUUUCACUGCCAACAUAAGUGAGCUGAACACUAUGAUGAUGCCAGGAGGAGCCAUCGUCAGCGCCCCCUCCACGACUGUGCUGCCUGCUGCUGCAGACACCUCCCUGUGUUCACCUCAGCAUCUCAGCAAGCAUGGCCCCUCCACGAUCACCACGCACGCUGAGGUGACCUCGGUCUCCAGUUUCUGUGAUAAUAGACCGGCACCCACGAUUUAUGAACAUCUGGCUGGGACAUGUGUGAGUGGCAGACGAGCCAAGAAUGCAGAGGAGCUGAUGGCUCUGACACCUCCCUCCCCGUUUAGAGACUCAUCUCUGAGCUCUGAGGGCAGCUCUCCUCCCUCCCUGUCUCUGGCUUCUGAGGCUGAAUAUAACCAACUGCUGCUCAGACACUACAGUCAGAGCUCAUCUUCCCUUUAA